AUGCCUGCAGCUGGGGGGGAUACCCCGCCGAGUCCAGCAGCAGCUGCAGCAGCAGCAGCAGCAGCAGCAGAACUGCUGCAGCUCGAGCAGCAACGACUCAUCUGCUUGCAAGAGGCUGCCCAAGAUGAAGCAAAAGAUUCUGGAGAAGAAGCAGAGGCAGCAGCAGCUGCUGCUGCUGCAGAAGCCUCAGAGUUGCUGCUGCUGCUGCACCGAAAGGAGCAGCAGCUGCUGCUGCAGUCUCGUGAGCUUGAGCUAGAGCAGCAACGGCUCAUCUGUUUGCAAGAGGCUGCCCAAGAUGAAGCUAAAGAUUCUGGAGAGGAAGCAGAGGCAGCAGCUGCUGCUGCUGCUGCAGAAGCCUCCGAGUUGCUGCUGCUGCUGCACCGAAAGGAGCAGCAGCUGCUGCUGCAGUCUCGUGAGCUUGAGCAACUGAGGAACGACUUCGAAGAGCUGAGCGACGACUACGAGCGCAGCCAGCGGGAGCAUGAGGCGCAGCGGCAGCAGCAGCAGCAGCAGCAGCAGCAGCAGCAGCAAGAGUUACAGCAGCACAGGAUAGCCCUGCAGCAGCAGCAGCAGCUAUUCGAGAUACGACAGGAAGAGGUGCAGCAGGAGCUGCAGCAGCAGCUGCUGCUGCUGCAGGCAGAGCGUGAAGCAGUAGCAACAUUCAAAGCUGAGCUGCAGCAGCAGCAGCUGCUGCUGGAGGAGCAGCAGCAACUGCAGCAGCAGGACCAUGAGCAGCAGAAGAAGCAGCAGCAGCAGCAGCAGCAUUUGCUGCUCCUGGGGGAAGAACUAAAUGCCAAGCAGCAGCAGCUUGCGGAGAGAGAGAAGCAGCUGCAGCAGCAGCAGCAGCAGCAGCAGCAACAACUAGCAGCACAAAAGGUUGAGUUGCAGCAGCUGCAGCAGCUGCUUCAGAGAGAGAAGCAGCUGCAGCAGCAGCAGCAGCAGCAGCAGCAGCAACUAGCAGCACAAAAGGUUGAGUUGCAGCAGCUGCAGCAGCUGCUUCGUGAGCAAGAGGUUUUGCUGCAGCAGCAGCAGCAGCAGCAGCAGCAGCAGCACAUCCAGCUGCUGCAGAAGCAGCAAGAACUACAGGAACAACAAAAAAAAACAAAAACAAAAGACAGAGAGCUAUACCAGCAUGCAAACGAAACCAUGUAUAAGUUGCUGCUGCUGCUGCAGCAGGCAACCGGCACAGACCCACCACAGCAGCAGCAGCAGCAGCAGCAGCAGCAGAUGAAGCAGCAGCAGCAGCAGCAGGAAGCAGCAGAUACUCGCAGCCCAUCUGAAGCACUCAGACAGCAGCAGCAGCAGCAACAGCAACAGCAGCAGCAGCAGCAGCAGCAGCAGCAACAGCCAGAUGAGCAGCUGCUGCAGCUGGCGCAGCAACUGCAGCAGCAACGAGAUGAAGCGCAGCGGCGCUGCAGCAGGCUGCAGCAGCUCCAGCAGCAGCAGCAGCAGCAACAGCAGCAGCAGCAGCAGCAACAACCAGAUGAGCAGCUGCUGCAGCUGGCGCAGCAGCUGCAGCAGCAACGAGAUGAAGCGCAGCGGCGCUGCAGCAGGCUGCAGCAGCUCGUGCAGCAGCUGCAACGCCUCGAGCAGCAGCUGCUGCUGCUGCAGCAGCAGCAGCAACAGCAGCAGCAGCAGCAGCAGCAAGAAAGAAAGAGAUUACAAACUGUAGCAGCAACUAAAGAGGAGCUGCUGCUGCUUAUUCAGGGCCUAAAGACAGACCUGCAUGCAGCAGCGCAGCAGCAGCAGCAGCUGCAGCAGCAGCAGCAAGAGGCAACGGAGUCUAUCAUCAAGCGGCAGCAACAGCAGCAACAGCAGCAGCGCGAGCAGCAGCAGCAGCAACAGCAGCAGCAGCUAUUGCUGCACGAGGAGCUCGGUAGAGCAGCUGAAGCGCUAGAAGAGUUGCAGCAGCAGCUAGCAGCAAAGAAUGCGCAGCUGCAGCAGCAGCAGCAGCAGCAGCAACAGCAGCAGCAGCAGCAGCAGCAGCAGCAACAGCAACUGCAUAGUGACCUUCGAAGCAAAGUAAAAGAAUGUCAGCAGCUGCAGAUACAGCUGAAAGCACUGCAGCAGGAAGUGCAGCAGCAGCAGCAGCAACUACAGAAGCAGCAGCAGCAGCAAGAGCAGCAGCAGCAGCAGCAAGAGCAGCAGCAGCAGCAACACGAGCAGCAGCAGCAGCAGCAACUCCUGCUGCUGCAGCAACUGCGCGACGACCUCAAGAGGAGCAAUCAGCAGCUCGCUGCAAAAGAAGCUGAACUGCAGCAGCAGCAGCAGCAGCAGCAGCAACAGCAGCAGCAGCAGCAGCAGCAGCAGCAGCAGCAGAGCAAAAGAAGCUGA